AUGACUAAACUUAUUGAAAGGGCUGAAGAUAUCGUCGCAUUCGACACUCCAGUACAACUAAGCACGAUUGACAAGUUGAAAGCGACAAUUGGGAGUAUGACUUCAAAAUUAGAAAAUCUCAAACUAUUGGACGAAGAAAUACUAAACGAAACCGAAGACGAUGAUUUCGACAAGGAACUUGAGGAAUCAGAUGACUAUGCUAUUAAGAUGAAUGAAUACGUGGUAAAAUUCAAAGGAUUUCUACAACGGAUGACGACUCGUUCAACAAGUUCCAGAGAUAAUACCUCUACAACUGAGAACGGUCUUUCGCCAGACUCUACACAGCAAACAACAAGGAAAGUCAACCUCCCAAAGCUUACGUUAACCCCGUUCAGUGGUGACAUUCUGACCUGGACGAGUUUUAAAGACGGAGUUGACGCUGCCGUCCACAACGAUUCAAGUCUGGAUGAUGUCCAGAAAUUUCAGUAUUUGAGGGCACAUCUGUGUGGCGAAGCAGCACGAACUAUCAACGGACUACCACUCACCAACACCAAUUACAUACAUGCGCUCGACUUACUCACCAAGAGAUAUGGUCAGCCACAGAAAAUAAUUAGCGCGUAUAUGAAGGCUUUAUGGAAACUUGAGCUACCCUCCGGAACAUUGAAUAAUCUUGUAACUUUCCACGACAAAGUAGAAAGUUACAUUCGUGGAUUAAAUGCCCUCGGGGAAAUCAGAUGA